AUGCUGUCACCCAGCAGUGGCCGACGUCUCUCGGGGGGCAUCAGCAGCAGUGGCCGUUAUGAUCCGCUCGCUUUGCGCUGUAAAGCGGUCACGGGGGCCAAGAGGGACCCGAGGAAGACCAUCGAGGCGCUUUCCGACCUCGUCAAGCUAUACAGAGCUGCUGGGGGGCAAGCGGGCAUGGCAGCUGGGCCAACUUCAGAGCCGGCCCUAGUACGCCGAGGUAGCAAAGGCAAGGGCAUCGCAAAUAAGAAGGACCUCUUGGACAUUGGCAGUUUUCGCAAAGACAUCGAGCAGACCUUGAAUGAAUCGAUGCAAAUGGCCUCGAAGGAAUACCUUACCACCCUGCACGGUUUGGUCUCUGCACUUGACACACUUGAUGACGAGCUCGAGGCUGUGAAGACUUCUUGCGAAGAAACUCUGAAGAAAUACUCCCUCGCCCGCCAGUCCUCAAAGCAUCUAUUAGUUCAGACCGAAGGCUUGCAGCAAGAUCGCAACGCACUUUCCAUGCAGCAUGCACUCGUCAGUCUCUUCCUCGAGCGAUUCACACUCACAGCAGAUGAAGAGCUGCUUGUAAGGUCCAAGGAUCUGGAAGUCAGCCAGGCUCUCUUCAAAGUGAUGGAUCGGUUAGAGCAGAUUCGGAAAGAGGCAAAACUCCUGCUGGGCGGGAGCGUCACCGAUGAAGUUUCGACAUCUCCUGAAAACGGUAAACGCACUACUGGAGCAAGUGGCGGUAUACGGGCAGGUAUAGAUGUGAUGGACACGACUGCUUCCCAACUCAAUGCCGCAUAUGCGAAGAUUGCUAGAUGGCUCUCGUUUGAAUUUCGGCAGCCGGUGCGUGAGGGCAUGGAAGUGUCAGCGCGCAUGAAACAAGCUGUGCAACGGAUCAGCUCAGCAGGAAGGGAGGACCUAUUGCGACCUGCGCUUGCGACACUUUCUUCCACGCGGGCCUCUUUCCUUUCCACUUCCUUCCAGAUGGCCCUCACUGUCGGCGGAGGUCCCCCGAGCAACCUCCCACGACCAAUAGAGCUGCAUGCGCACGACCCGCUUCGAUACGUUGGCGACAUGCUCGCCUGGGUACAUCAGGCGCUCGCUUCAGAGCGUGAGUUCCUGUCAGCCCUUUUCAGCGAACAGGAAGGCGGGGACGGACGGCGGAUAGGACAGCGGCGACGAGGUCUAGAGGGCAGUCUGGACAUGCAGCAGAGCCAGGCGGCUGAGCUGGCACAAGAAGCAAAAGAUGGCGCGCAGCGGCUGACUCCAAGCGAGAGGGCCAUUCGAGAGAUGCUAGACCGGAACCUUGAAGGCUGCUGUCGCCCGCUACAAACCCGGAUUGUCCAGACCGUCCGGUCGCAAGAAGGCUGCGUUACGACCUUCCGCCUGGCAAAUCUGAUCGACUUCUACCGCCUCACGAUCACGCGUACGGUCGGCAGCAAAGCAGCGCUCAGCAGGACUCUGCAAGGCGUCACUACCGCUUCAUACGACGCUUUUGGCGUGACGUUGCGCAACCAUGCGAGCAGUCUUACCCGCUAUCAUGACACUCUGGACCUUUCCCUGAAAAUACCACCGCCACUUGCCGGAGCGGGCGUUGCACUCAAGGAGCUUCUCGCAGUCGUGCAGACUUCACUUGCUGAUGAGCCUGGAGAAGGCGGCGGUCUGCUAGACAAAGAAACGCGGGAACAAGCGCUCCGCCAACUCGAUCUCAUCUUGAAGGAGCUGGUGGAUGCGAUGGUGGCACUGUGUGAGCGCCUGUCCACACAGCUGGUCGAGCGCCGGGUGAAGGGCAAAAGUGAACAAGAUGGGAAGUGGGAACAGAGCCUCUUCCUCUGCAACUGUCUGGAGCAUAUUCAAAACAUCUUGGGCCCGCACGAGCACGUGAAGAACAAGCGGGCACAGCUCAAGACCAAUGAAGAUGAGAAGAUGUCUGCACUGGUCGAGGCGCACUACAAGAGUUUGCUGGCCGACUCACACCUCGCACCGCUCAUCGAGGCGAUAGCAAGCAAGGAGACGGGCGCAGCCUUGUCGCGUCAACCUCAGGCAAGUCCUGAAGCUGUCUCUUCCGCCUUCAAAGCCUUUGGCAGUUUCCUUGCGUCACCGUCCAUUGUGUCCUCGCCGCGACUGGCCCUGUUAACCUCGCCGACUACGAGGUCCCACGUGCACCAGGCUGCGCUGCAGAUGCUGGCAGAUGCGUAUGCUAACAUUGUCCAUGCAGUCAUGCAGCCGUCCAACAGGUAUGAGUGGAAGGAGACGCUUAUUAAACGCAGCGAGGACGAGGUCAGGCUACUUCUCGGUGUGCAAUAG